CACACCGCUGCACGGCUUUAUGAGACUGAACCGAGUUCACCGGUGGACACACAGACACCCGCCCCGACAGACAUGAAGACCCGGACAGCCGUCGCUCUGCUGCGCUGCUUCUGCUUCUGCUUUGCAGUGUUGGCUCAGUCAGCUCCCGUCGGCCCGGCGUCCGACCCUCCCCCGGUGUUCAGGGAGGCCGCUGAGCGAGCGAAGACGCUGGUGGAGAAAAUUCUGAGAGACCUCCCCUCCGUUCACGCCUCCACCGUCAUCACGGAGGGUCUCACCCUCGAUGCCUCCGCCCAGACCACAAACCUGCAGAUGAUGGUGACCUCACUGGGAAUCCCCGCCGCCCCCGUCCUCAAACCGCUGUCCGAGCGCUUCACACUGGACAUGUGUGUGAGUCGUAUGUCGGCAGGCGGGCAGUUGUACCAGGGGCUGCUGGGAGUUUUGUCUGAAAGACUGAGUGGACUGAAGGACCUGCAAGCCGACCUCAGAGACCUGCUGACACUCAUCAACAAGAUGAAAGAGGCGGCUCAGCUCGGCGGCGACAGUUUGGAUCCGAACCAGAGUCUGGAUCUGGCCUCUCGUCUCCAUGGUAACUAUGAGGUCCAGGUGGCGGUCCACCUGACGCUGACGCAGCUUCGUUCCUUCUGUCAUGACAUGAUCCGCAGCCUGAGAGCUGUCGCCACCUACAGGCCACGUGCUGAGACUGCACGCUAAUCCCUGCCCACCGGGGGCGACACAGCACUGCGUUCAAGGACACACAGGAAAAAUCAGGAUGACUUGGAUCAUAAAACACACAGCUGAGGCAUCUGAAGGGUAAUGACCUUAAAUGACCUCCUGUAGGAAGCAGUGACCCUGAUGACCUUUGUGACCGGUACAGAUCACCUGUGUCGACCUGCUGAGCCCGGCCACUUCAGGUGUUUCCACCACAAACCUCCAACCUUUCGACUUCAGACGAGUUUUUAACAAACAAACAAACAAACAAAAACUACAAACAGCUGAGAUCUUUCCACAGUGAGUUCAGUGUGCAGGAGCCUGCUGGCUGGACAGGAAGAGACUCAGAGGAAACGGAGACAAACCUGCUCUGAACAGAGCGGCAAGUCUGAGCAGAGGACUCUGAGACCACAACGUCCCAAACCCCUCCACCAGCGAGAGACGUUUUA